AUGUCUAAUAAUGAACAACGUGGUAAAAUCUAUGGUGCCGAGGUGACAGAUCGUAAUACAAGACUACUCCGUCUCAAAGUAGCUCGUGCUAGUAAUUUACAACGAAAAGAUUUCCUUGGUUCAUCAGUGGGCGAUCCCUAUGUAAAAAUAUCGAUACAGACGUCUGAUAACCGAUGGCAAACGUUCGAUAGUGCUAGAACAAGUACCGUACCAAAAACACUUAAUCCACAAUGGAAUCAAGACUUUAUAUUUCGAACUAGCUCUGAAGUCAUAAAUCGAAGUGAUUUAAAUGAAAAUAAUCUACCACCUCUUCCACCAAAUUGGGAAGAACGAAAAGAUGCACAACAACGCACAUACUAUGUGGAUCACAAUACGCGAACAACCACUUGGACUAGACCAACUAGAAACUCUAAUGCCCUGCAAGUACCACAAAGAUCUAAUGUUGGUUUUCGUAGACAAAUUGACGAUAUGGAAGCUAAUCGUGCCAGUAUUUCAUUUCCUUCCGAUACGGCUAAUGGAAGUCCUAUGGCAGCACAUGCUACUGCAUUAGACGAUAUUCCAUUGCCGGCUGGCUGGCAAAUGUCUAGAAGUGAAAAUGAAAGAGUAUUUUUUAUUGAUCAUAUAAAUAGACGUACGACUUGGAUCGAUCCUCGCACUAAUAAACCAUCUCCUCAACCAAAACCAUCAAAGCAAUUGUUAACAGAUGCUCCACUUCCGGCUAAUUUUGAGAUGAAAACACUGCCCGAUGGGCGUGUUUAUUAUGUUGAUCAUUGUAAGUUUUUACGAUGUUUUCUUGAGGAUUUUACAGCUUCAACAACUUGA